AAAUUACAAAAGUAAACAUUUUAGUAACCUAGGAAAUGUGGAAAAUUUAAAGGAAAGUUCUGACUUUCAUGAUGCUAAGAAACGUUUUGCGUACCAGCCGAUGGCUGGUACAGAAGAAAAUCAAUAGAGCUGCUAGUGUUUUAACAAGCAAACCUGUGCUCAAAACUCAUUUGAUUUCACCUGCAUGCAGAUUACCGCAUAGUCAAUGUUAUUCUAAUACUACCAGCUCUAUCCCUACUGAACACAUUGAUCCGUUAGUUUUUGAAGAAAUAUGUAAAGAAACCCUAGAAUCCUUGUGUGAAUACUUUGAAGAAAUUGUAGACAAUGCACCAAAUCUUAAGGGUGCAGAUAUUACCUUUAGUGAUGGCGUCCUAACUGUUGUAUUGGGUCCUGAAUAUGGUACUUAUGUUAUAAAUAGACAAACACCCAACAAACAGAUCUGGUUGAGCUCUCCGACUUCAGGCCCUAAGCGUUACGACCUAGUCCUAAAUAAUGGUGGCUACUGGGUAUAUAAACAUGACGGAGUAUCAUUACAUCAGCUUCUUCAGGACGAGAUAUCAAAAAUUGUAAAAGAUGUUGAUUUCAAAAGAUGUGCACAUAGCUUAGUGUAAAUCAUUGUUAUAAUAUAAGUAGGUUUUGGUUU